ACCGUAGUACUUGUUCGUUUCGUUAGUGUACACUUCGCGUUAUCAAAUGUGUCCUUCAGCCAGCGAUUAAAACACGCGAAAACGCUCCGUAUUGCCCCGGCGUGGCUUGUGUUUUCCGUACGUGAACUAAUUUUUGUGGCCUCGCAUUCUCGAAGCAAGUUCGGUUUCGUUUCGGUACCAUGUGUUUCCGUUUGUGGCUGUGCGAUUUCCUGUAAGCGGUGCGGCAUCGUUCUCCAGACGAAUGUCGAUUUUUUCUCGCCACCGCCGGGUUAAGAUUCAUAAAAAUCGCUCAAUUGAUGUGGUUCGAGCAAGUGUUCAAAAAUCACAAACAGCCGAUUGGCCACCGCACUGUGCUCCGAAUUGUUCCUUUAUUUUGAAUCCAGACAACGCGGCCUACUUGUGGCAUCGGAACGGUUUUCUCAAACUCGAUGACAUCGUAGCCGAAGAGUGCCGAAAUUGUAAAGUGGGAAAGUUUCAAGGAGAAAACAUGUCGCCCGCAUUCCUGGCCGUGUUCGCCGUAAUCCUGUGCAUCCUGUUCCGGAUACUGAACGUCAGCAGCACGCCUCAGAUCCCGCAGAUCGUCUGCAAGGAUGGCCAGUUUAUGGAGUGCUUCAACAAGAUCGCGCCGAUGCUGCGAGAGCCAUACAUUCCGACCCGGCUGUGGGGCUUCAGUGGCCACAUUCAGACAAUAAUUCACAGCAUUGUGGGCCGCGUCAAGUGUCCGUGGCCGCUGGGCGAACGGGUCUAUCUGUCACUGACGGAUGGUUCCACGCUGACGUACGAUCUGUACCAGCCGCUAAUAACGUCCGUCGAAGACGACAUUACGGUGGCGAUCUGUCCGGGAAUCGGUAACUCGUCCGAGUCGGUCUACAUCCGCACCUUCGUCCAUUACGCCCAGUGCCACGGGUAUCGGUGCGCGGUGCUUAACCACAUCGGUGUCCUCGAUAGCGUGCAGGUCACAUCGUCCCGGAUAUUCACGUAUGGUCACACGGAGGACUACGGGGCUAUGAUAAAUAGUCUGCUGAAAAAGUACCCCACGACCAACAUCGUUUCGGUCGGAUUUUCGCUCGGUGGCAAUCUCAUCUCGAAGUAUCUCGGCGAAGCGACGCGACCGUCGAACAUCAUCGGUGGUGUGUCGAUCUGCCAGGGAUACAACGCGGUGGUUGCUACACAGUGGCUGCUGAAAUGGCAGAACUUCCACCGCUUCUACCUGUACGUGCUGACCGAAAACGUGAAGAGCAUUAUCAUGAAGCACCGACACGUGCUGUUGUCGGACGACAUCAAGCAGCGGUAUCAGCUGAACGAGCGCGACAUCGCAGCCGCCGCGACACUGCCUGAGUUAGACGAAGCUUACACCCGCCGAGUGCAUAAAUUCACAAGCGUAAAGGACAUGUACAGCUGGAGCUCGUCGCUCAACUAUAUGGCCAACAUACGGCGCCCGAUGGUGUUUGUGAAUGCACGCGACGAUCCGCUCGUGCCCGAAAAUUUGCUCGAACCGGUGAAACAGUUUUCGGCUGCUAAUAAUCAAUCGCUGUACAUCGAACUAGCAAACGGUGGCCACCUUGGGUUCUAUGAAGGUGGCUUGAUCUACCCCAAUCCAGUUACCUGGCUCGAUCGCGCACUGGUAUCACUGAUCGGUGGUAUCGUUAUGUCUCACAACGAUUUGCUGGUGGCAAAGCGAACGGCAGAAACGAUGUCGAUGUCCAUUUAAGAUUCACUAUCACCACUCCCUUCACACGUGCCACCACAGCUCCCGGCACCGGAGCUAAACCACCUGCUAACCUAUGGCCGCAUGCGCUGGGGACUAAUGUUUGCCACUCUGCCGUCGGUGGCCGCGGUUCGUGGUUUACUCGUG